AUGGCCUCGCAGGAUUCCAUGGCCGAACUCACUCUCUUCGCAUGCCGUCUGGGUCGCCACGAGUCGCUGCGUCUAUUUCGCCGGUGGAUGAGGCACCCUGAGAACAGAACCCCUUACGGAAAUGCUACCUUUGUUCCCUACAGCAGCCUCUCUCCAAACCAUUGGUCAGAGGUGCUUUGUACAGGCGUGAGUGCUGGCGGCGAGAAGGAAUGGGAAUUGGUCUGGAACGAGUACCUGAAUUCCAACACUACGCAGGAGAGAACCAGUUUCCUUACCGCUUUAGCAUGCAGUGAAAAUGCCACUAUUUUGUCGAGGCAGUACCUUGGAUAUUUGGAGAUGAGUUUCAAUCCUGACAUGGGAUUCAGAAAAGAUAAUUUUAAGAUAAUUUUCAGUGCAGUCGCCAAUAAUAUCGUCGGACGUCAGAUAGCCUGGACCUUCUUGAAGAAGCACUGGAAUGACAUCUUAACGUUCAAGAAGCAACACAGAGGAUACUUGCUGAAUAAAAUAACCCAUUCUUUUAAUACGCAUCGUGACCUGGCAGACCUGCAAGCGUUUUUGCAAGACAGGAACACCGAUCUGACAGAGGUUGCAAGAACCGCUGAACAGGUGUUGGAAAGAACCAAAAACAACGUCAUGUGGAUGGAGGCGAAUGUCCCCGAGAUUGUUAAGUUUCUGGAAGAUCAUGGUUAUGCAUCUCCAGAGGCCCUUUGA